AUGACUGAGAAACCCGACGUCACGGUAGCCAUUGAUCUCGGCACCACCUUCACGGGUGUUGGUCUUUUGUUCUCGAAUGGAACAAUACACAUCUUUAACAACUGGCCUGGGAACAACAACACUGGCGAGACCAAAGUUCCCAGCCGCCUCGUCUACAACCAUGACAACACCGUGUCUUCCUGGGGAUUCUUCUCUGCUGUGUAUGAUGACCCUUUGCCGCAUGGCAAGAGAGAACACCGUCUCUUCAAGAUGUUUCUUGAUCAAGACACUUGUGAUGAGGCGAGAAAAGCAGGCUUGACGACAAUUGCAACCACUGCAGAAGCAUCAAGAUGCGCUACAGACUACCUCAGGGAGAUUUACCGCCACAUCAAGAGAACCUAUGAGGAGAUGACAGGAACAACAAACUGGGCCAGCUCGUCCGUCUCCUUUCUUUUCAGUGUCCCCACAACCUGGAGAGGCUUGGACGUGAGCAAUACCUUUAAAGCCACCAUCAGAUCAGCUGGCUUCGGUACCGAAGGGCCUCAUCACUUGGCACAGAUUGAUCUCACAGAGGCCGAGGCCGCCGCAGUCGACACUCUCAAGAGCGGCGUGGUCAACUUUCGUACUGGGGAUGUAUUCCUCACCAUCGAUGCUGGCGGCGGCACAACAGACUUUUCCUUGGUUCAGGUUACCAAGGUUGACAAUGGUAUCCCUCAGAUGUCACAAAUCGCCGAGGUCAGUGGUAUCGGAAUCGGCUCGACUCUCAUAGACUCUGCUUUCGGGAAUCUCGUCGAGCAGCGUCUGGCUGAGAACCCUGACGUACCAUUUAAUAUCGCGGACGGCCUCGCAGAGAAAAUGAUGAAGAGUGACCGCUUCAAAGCUAUCAAACACCUUUUCGGCGACCCUGCGGCCAUUGCGCAAGUUCACAGAAUCGAAAUGCCGAGAGUCUCAAGUGACUUUAGGCACGGUGGCCUCCGAGCUGAAGGAGGGUGCAUGAUAUUUGACAACAACGAAAUUCAAAGACUUUUCGACCCUCAUGUCGAGCACAUCAUGACCAAGAUACGAGAGCAGCUCGACUGGAUGGUACAGAACGGACGUAGUGAGCAAGUGACGCACAUGGUCCUAUCCGGUGGACUAGGCAGCUCUAAAUAUGUACAGCGACGGAUCAGGGAGUACUUUUCCCAAUUCACUCACCCAAACGCCCGGCAAGUCACAGUCAUUGCGAACCGGAACCCACAAACUACCGUCGUCAGGGGUCUCCUUGAAGACCAUAAGCAGAAGAUGGAGACUGGAAAUAUGCCAGUGCUUGCCACAUACAUCGCAAGAGCAAGCUACGGUGUUGUGGUCCGAGAGCCAUAUAGCCCUGAUCGUCACAUCGGCGAACAACUGGAACAGGAUCAGUUUGACCCGAAUCAAACAUGGGCUGUCAACCAAAUAGAAUGGAUUAUCCGCAAGGGAGACAAGAUCGAUCCGAUUGCGCCUCUAACGAAGCAGUUUAUCAGACGUUUAAGCCCUGGCCAAACGGCGGCAUCAUUCAAUACGCAAGUUGUUACCUCGAGGAACGAGAUCAAAUUUCUCCCUCGAAGUCUGCUAAAAGCUGGCUCUAAACGGCUCUGCCGUGUCGAGAGCAACCUCACUGGCCUUAAACCGGACGAGCUUGUUCUUAUGAAGAAGCGUGGAGGCUGCUUUCGCCAGGGGUACAAGUACUACAAGUGCGUCUUUGAUGUUCGUGUAAUCGUGGCCCCGGCCGACCUGCGGUUUGAGCUGUGGUUCAACGGCGUGAAAUUCUCUCGGGGCCAUGAACCUAUCAAGGUUGAGUGGAAUUCAAGUUGA